UUUGCUGCGCCUUCCGUGAGCUGUGCUCUGCAUUUGACACCGCCUUAGUAUACCAGUUUCCCAACUUGUACCCAACUUGUUUAGAGUUUUUGAUUACGUGGUUGACUUUUAAUUUCUUGUCUUGGAAAAAGUUGUUACCGUUUGUUUUUUUGCGCGAUAAGAAGGCAGUACCAUUGCGGCCGCAGACUAAUUCAAAGCAACAUCUUUUCAGUUAUAAUUUUGGCCUUUGUUUGUACGGCAGUAGGUGUUGCGACGCACUGCUUAGCAUAAUAAACGAAAGUUAAAAGAGAGUGGUUGGUAGUGAGGAACAAAAUUCUAGUUCAUCUUUCUUAUCUAAGCCAAGCGAUAAUCGCUUACGAACGUUUUGUUAUUGUGACUCUCUGGGAUUAUGUAUAGAAAUCAAAGGUUGUCUCAAUUGGAAGUACUUGAGGAACACAAGGACAACAUGCCUAUUAUAACCCGCAGAGUAUUAACUAAUUUGACCAAAAAUGCCUUAUAUUCUCCGUCCAAGGUGUCCAGCGCCUUGUGUGCAGCUCCCAUGUCUCAGCCUCACGUGGGAAAUGCCCAACCAUAUAGUAUGCAAAGACAAGCUCUACUAAAGUUUCCCGCCCUGAAGCUGGAGGAGACUCUUUCGAAAUUUCUUAAAACCGCCGAACCAGUUUUAACCCCUGCUGAAUUAGAAGAAACUAAACGCAUGGCUGUUGAAUUCCAAUCAAAGGAUGGCGCAGAACUACAAAAAAUUCUCGAAAAAGUGGCAGAGUCACAGGAAAACUGGCUAGCUCCCAGAUGGCUCAAGUCGGCUUAUCUAUCAUAUCGCGAUCCUGUGACUGUUUACUCUAGCCCUGGCAUGACUUUCCCCCUGCAGCAUUUCAAAACUUCCGCAGAUUAUUACAUGUACACAGCCAAAUUAAUCCAAGGUCUGGUCAAAUACAAAAAAGAAGUUGACGAAGGCAAAGUGCCCGUAGUGAAGAUGGGUAAAAACGAAUUGGAUAAUUCACAGUUUAGUGCUGUUUAUGGUACUUGCCGCAUACCUUUGCCAGUUCAGGAUGGUUUAGAGUAUCACCCCAAAUCUCAGCAUGUGGCUGUGGUUUAUAAGAAUCAUUUCUUUAAACUGCCAGUUUACAAUAAAAAUGGGGUCAUCAUAAAUGCCAAAGUUUUGGCUGAGCAAUUGCAGCAAAUUGCAAACUCUGAGAAUAAGUCUGGUAUACCCUUUGGUGUACUCUCCACCGAUAGUCGAGACAAUUGGGCUGCUGCCUAUGCGGAAUUAAUGAAAUCCCCCACCAAUGCCCAAAGUGUAAAAGUUAUACAACAAUCAUUAUUCACUGUGUCCAUGGAUGAAGUUGUUCCCUUUAGCAAAGAAGAGGUCUUUAAUGUCUUGGGUCUGCAAUUGAUUCAUGGAGGAGGUACCAGCCAAAACAGUGGCAAUCGUUGGAUGGAUAAAACCAUACAGGUGGUGGUUAAUCCCAAUGGUAUGAGCGGCUUUUGCUAUGAACAUUCGCCAGCUGAAGGCCAGCCGAUUGCCAUGAUGACAGACUAUAUCAACAAGAUAUUCCCCAAUCCCAAGGAGUUUGAAGAUGGUGCUAAUGAUAACUACGAAGCCUUCUCUAAACUGCCUUUUGAUCAGCCUUCACCUGUUUUAGAAGAAAAGCUCAAAGAGUCUACUCAAAAUGUUAACAAACUGGUAGAUGAUCUACAAUUGGAGGUUCUGCAAUACAAAGGUUACGGCAAGGACUUUUUGAAGAAACAAAAACUAUCGCCCGAUAGUUUUGUGCAAAUGGCAUUGCAAUAUGCCUUCUACAAACUACACAAAUGUGCUGGUGCCCAGUAUGAAACCGCCCAUUUGCGCAUUUAUUAUGGAGGACGUACUGAAACUAUUCGCUCCUGUUCCAAUGAAUCUUUGGCAUUCGCUAAGGCCAUGAUGGAUCCCAAGUGUUCGGAUGAAGCACGCGUCGACUUGCUAAGAAAGGCUGUUAAUGGUCAUCGCGAAUAUACCACCAUGGCUUUACAAGGUCGUGGCGUUGAUCGCCAUUUGUUGGGUCUCAAAUUAAUGGCCCUUGAGAACAAUAAGCCCAUACCGAAAUUCUAUCAAGCUCCAGGUGUGGUCAAAAGUGCCCACUUCCGCAUAUCUACCUCUCAGGUUGCCUCGCCCAAUGAAGCCUUCAUGUGCUAUGGUCCCUUAACACAUGAUGGCUAUGGUUGUUGCUACAAUCCCCGUGAUUUCGAUAUCUUUUUGGCCUGUUCAGCCUGGCAAUCAAAUGACCAGACUUGUGCCAAGAGAUUUGCCAAGGCUAUCAGUGAAGCUUUGACCAGUAUGCGGGAAUUGCUAGAACGUGCUGGCGAAAAACCCAAAGCCAAAUUGUAAACUUUGAUCGUAGCGUCAGCAGUUGCCCGCCUAAUUUUUGUAAAUAUAUGUUUUCUUUUUUUGUAGUUUAUUUAAAAAGUAAAAUUUUUCAACAUUUUGUUAUUAAAUCCAAGAGAUUAUACAGCGAAAA